CGGGACUACUCGGCACACUUUGCCGUUUUUGAGACAAUAUUUGAGGGGUUUUUGGUGCCACAGAUACCGGUCACCUGAAACGUUUUCGGUCCGGGAGCCAGCGCAUCUCUUCCCCCCAGUUUCCUUCAUCUGACCGUCGGCGCGCGAGCUUGGGGUGACUGACUGUCGGGCAGUCAUGCUGUAGAACUUGUCUCUACAAGCGACACAGCAGCGUGGGACUUAAGUUUGCGGUGCGCAUGAGUGGGACCAUGCAAGGGCGACACAGCAGAGGACUGAAGAAUCUGAGGCUGCUGCUCCUGUGCCUCACCGUUGCCAUCCUCGCCUCAGGAGUGCACGCAGGUGGGAAGAAGCACAGUGGCCCCUGUGGAGGGAGAGACUGCAGCGGAGACUGUAAAUGUUUCCCAGAAAAGGGUGCCAGGGGUCACCCUGGGCCAGUUGGUCCUCAGGGUCAACAGGGGCCUCCAGGAAGACAAGGUGAUCCAGGCAUCCAAGGACAGAAGGGGCAAAAAGGUGACCUCGGCCGUGGUGGCAUCAUAGGUCCUAAAGGAAAUGUGGGAAUGACAGGCGUUCCUGGGUUUUCUGGCAACGAUGGAAUACCCGGCCACCCAGGACAGGCUGGGCCCAGGGGGAAGCCAGGUGCAGACGGAUGUAAUGGGACGCACGGAGACGCAGGGUUCCCAGGACAAACUGGUUAUAAUGGCUCACCUGGUUUUCCUGGACAACCAGGCAGGAAGGGAGAGAAGGGAGACUCCCUGGAGCUGAGUGUGUACAUGGAGCGUUUCAGGGGAGAUCCAGGCACGCCAGGGAUCCAUGGAAUAUUUGGGCCGCCAGGAAAUCCAGGACGGCCGGGUAACCAAGGCUUCCCAGGACCAAAGGGUCCCCCAGGGCCUCCAGGUCCCAGAGGACCGAAGGGCACUAUGACCAAAGUGAUUAAGGGAACCAAAGGAGACCAAGGGGACAUAGGACCACCAGGGCACCCAGGAAACUCUACUCAUCCACUUACUCUGUCCCCCUACGGACCCCCGGGACAUCCUGGUGAACGAGGUCUGAAGGGAGAAAUGGGAGAUUCGGCGUACAACAGAGGAGAAACUGGUGUAAUGGGAUUCCCUGGAUCAAGGGGUCCACCUGGUGCUGAUGGGAUUCCUGGACCAAGGGGGGAUCCUGGUGAAGCGGGACCAAACGGCAGAGAUGGACAUAAAGGAGUCAGGGGUGACCCAGGAGAUCUGAUUUCAUCUGGAAGCCAUUGGCCUUCGUCCUCAGAUGCUGGUCCUCCUGGUCCCCCUGGUGAACAGGGUCAACAAGGAGAGAGGGGCCCAGUAGGAGAUCAAGGCCCCCCUGGACCCCCGGGAUAUCCUGCCUCUUAUACACAGCAACAAGUGUAUGAAUUCUUCGGGCCAUUUGGUAUAAAAGGCGAGCAAGGAGAGAAGGGCCAACAAGGGGAAGCAGGGAUGCCUGCUGUCAGUGCAGGACCCCCAGGCAUCCAUGGACGCCCAGGGGCCAGGGGCCCUCAAGGACCUAAAGGAACAUGGGCUGAGUUCUUCAAGGGGGCUCCAGGCGGGGGAGGAAGGCCUGGAAAUGCAGGCUCUAAAGGAGUGAAAGGUGAUCAUGGAGACUGUGAGUGCAGCACUGUAACCUCUCCAGUGGGACUACCUGGCCCUGCCGGGGAUCGUGGUGAUAUAGGGAUGACUGGAGAGUUUGGUCAGCAGGGUGAUGUAGGAGACCCAGGUCCCCAAGGAGAUGACGGGUUCCCUGGCUUUCCUGGACUCGAUGGAGUACCAGGCCCAAAAGGCCGAAAAGGGGACGCAAGUGUGGCCACACAGAAAGGAUAUGCUGGAGACCCAGGGGUCUCUGGACAAGAUGGUGAGUCAGGAGCGCCAGGUGCUCAAGGCUUCAACGGUUCUCCUGGUUUCCCUGGGAGCCGAGGUCCUCCAGGAGAAGGUCCGGUGGGAGAUCGUGGAGACAAAGGUUUCCCAGGUUUUCCUGGUCGACCCGGUGUAGCUGGGCUGAGGGGAGAACCAGGUGCAGUCCUUGGGGCCCUCAAAGGUCAGCGUGGUUUACCUGGCGAUGAUGGUCAGGCAGGCUAUCAUGGAGUUCCAGGAACACCUGGCAGGCCAGGCGACUGUAGUCCAACAGGAGAUGGAGGACAGGUGGAUGUAACAGGUCCUUGCAGUGCAAUUCCAGGACCUCCUGGAUUACCUGGACUUCCAGGACCCAGUGGAUUACCAGGUUUCCCAGGUCUUCUAGGGCAAAAGGGGCAACAGGGUCCUUUUGGAGUAGAAGGAGAGAAAGGAGAAACAGGAGAUCAAGGAAUAGGUGGCCGUCCUGGACCACCAGGUUUUGCUGGCCCCCGUGGAGACUUGGGAUUUCCUGGCAGCAAAGGUUCAGUUGGAGUCCCUGGUUUGCCCGGUGUGCCCGGCAGGCACGGGGCACAAGGUGGAAAGGGUGUUCACGGAGAAGUCUUGGGAGCAUCACCAGGAGCCCGUGGUGACCCAGGGCUGCCUGGGCUUCAAGGGAAUAAAGGCCUGUCUGGGGGCCAAGGAGUACCAGGCCAUCCAGGAACGAUUGGCAUGCCUGGCAUGAUUGGCUUCAAAGGUGACAGUGGCCCUGCAGGCCUGCAGGGGGAGGAAGGCAGGCCUGGGCCAGCGGGCAAAUAUGGCUACCCUGGUGACCCUGGACGAGCAGGUCCACCCGGGCCUCAUGGUACCAUUGGACAGCCAGGUAUCACUGGAGAGAGGGGAACUGAAGGAGACUCGGGCCCUCCAGGUCCAAUCGGAUUAAAAGGGAUCCCUGGGGAGUACGGUAAUAAUGGUGUCAUUGGAGAGUAUGGCUCACCAGGUAACCCAGGACCGAUAGGAGCAGAUGGAUGCCCAGGAGUCCCAGGAAUGAAAGGAUACAAAGGAUCUCCCGGCAUGUCGGGUUUUGAGGGGACCAGGGGUGAUCUAGGGGUGAAAGGCCUAAGUGGGCUGAGAGGAGAACCUGGAGUGCCAGGCGAAUUUGGCCAAAAAGGAGGGACAGGCAAAAGUGGAGAGAAAGGUGAUCGUGGUCUGAGGGGGGCACCUGGGGAUAAGCCUAAAAUCCCUGCCCAGAUGAUUGUUGACAUGAAGGGUGCCAAAGGAGAGCGAGGAUUUAUAGGAGAACAAGGUUUCACCGGGCCGAGAGGUUUUAAGGGGUUCCCCGGUGUACCCGGUAGUGAGGGAGUUCAUGGUUUUCCUGGAGAUCCCAGCAAUGAGAAAGGAUACCAAGGAGAUCCGGGUGCACAGGGGUUGCCAGGGAUAAAAGGAAUGCCUGGCCUAACUGGAAAUCGGGGAAUUACUGGUUUUCAAGGAAUGUCUGGCAACAAGGGAAUCAAAGGAAGCCCUGGUGCGUAUGGUGCAUCAGGAGACCCAGGAAGAAAGGGAGGCAAAGGUGAUAAAGGCCCUCGUAUAGACCUUCCAGGGUCUACGGGAUUGAGAGGAGAGGAGGGGUUUCAAGGAGUGCCAGGCCAGACAGGAUUAAUUGGACAGACUGGGGACAGGGGUACCAUUGGUUUUGAUGGUAUUGGAGGGAAAAAGGGAGAUUCUGGUGAUCCAGGAAUAUAUGGAUUCCAAGGCUCCGAUGGGCAGAACGGAACUCCUGGUAAUCAAGGUCAAAAAGGCUUUCCUGGAACACCUGGAAAUCAAGGACAUCCAGGCUUCCCUGGCUUCCCAGGAAACAAAGGUUUCCCUGGCCUGAAGGGUCUUUAUGGAUUACAUGGACUGAAAGGACAAAAGGGUGUCCCAGGAACACCAGGUCUGGAUAUCAUUGGACCAGCUGGGGAGCCUGGAGCCAAAGGAGAGAGGGGAGAGAGUGGUGACCCCAACAACCAGUCAGGUGUUCCAGGCACAGCGGGUUUGAAAGGCUUCCAAGGACCUCUAGGUGACCAUGGUCAACCUGGGCCUCCAGGAUUCCGUGGCCCCAUAGGACCAGAUGGGACCCCAGACAGACAAGGACCCAGUGGGGACCAUGGCUUUAUAGGAGUUAAAGGGUACCAAGGUUUCCCUGGACCCAGAGGAUUUCCUGGCGUGGAUGCUCCCCCAGGAGAAAAGGGCAUAUCCGGAUUUAACGGGUUUCCUGGAGUUCCUGGAAGGAAAGGAUUCAAAGGAGAUCAAGGUUCAUUUGGACAGAAAGGGCCUAAUGGUGUUUCUGGAAAGAAAGGGAUAAAAGGAGAGCAAGGAUUGAUGGGAGUUCCUGGUAUGAUUGGUGUGAAAGGAGAAAGAGGACCAGUUGGUCCAAAAGGAAACACUGGGCCCCCAGGUUUUCAAGGGUUUCCAGGCAACCAGGGUCCUCCUCCACUUCCAGUCCGAAUUCCAGGAGAGAGGGGCCCUCCAGGUCCACAGGGUAUCCGAGGACCGAAGGGGGUGACCGGGGAACCAGGGCCACAGGGUCCCCCAGGAGAUGGAGGUUUCAUAGGACCCAGGGGACAGAAGGGCAUGCCUGGGAUUGGUGGUACACCAGGAACAGCUGGAUUCCGUGGAAAGGUCGGACACAUGGGCCACCCCGGUCUGCAAGGCAUGGAAGGUCACCGUGGCAACCCUGGGAUCCCUGGGUUACCUGGUAUGCCUGGGCGCAGUGUCAGUGUGGGCUACUUGCUGGUGAAACACAGUCAAUCAGAUCAGACGCCAAUGUGUCCUGUGGGUAUGAAUAAGCUGUGGAACGGCUACAGUCUGCUGUACCUCGAGGGCCAGGAAAAGGCCCACAACCAGGAUCUUGGUUUGGCUGGCUCUUGCCUCCCACGGUUCAGCACCAUGCCCUUCCUGUACUGCAAUCCUGGAGACAUUUGUUACUAUGCCAGCAGAAACGAUAAGUCCUACUGGUUGUCAACAACUGCUCCUCUUCCCAUGAUGCCUGUAGAAGAGGGAGAGAUCAAACCGUACAUCAGCCGCUGCUCAGUAUGCGAAGCUCCAUCAGUUGCCAUCGCAGUCCACAGCCAGGACAUCACCAUCCCACAGUGUCCUGUGGGGUGGCGCAGCCUGUGGAUCGGUUACUCAUUCCUCAUGCAUACAGCAGCAGGAAAUGAAGGCGGAGGUCAGUCCUUGUCAUCCCCUGGCUCCUGCCUGGAGGACUUCCGCACAACACCAUUCAUCGAGUGCAAUGGGGCCAAAGGCACAUGCCACUACUUUGCUAACAAGCACAGCUUCUGGCUAACCUCCAUAGAUCAGUCGUUCCACACUGACCCGGCAUCAGAGACGCUCAAAGCAGGCCAGCUCCUGUCCCGCAUCAGCCGCUGCCAGGUCUGCAUGAAGAACUUGUGAAAGACUGACGCUGACAGAAAGAAGUUGAUCCAUUGACAGUGGUGUAGUGUCGUCUCUCUAUCCAUGUGCUAAACCAACCUAAGGGGGAUCUGAAAUACUGACUUAGAUCAGCGUAAAUGGGAAACUUUGUCCCCAAAUCGCAGAGCUCAGACAUGCAAUGACUGUGUGGUCCCUUGAGCUUUGAAUGAAAUGUCCCACUGUAGAUAAAACAGGAGAAGCCCCAUAAUGAAGUCAACAGCAUUAUGGGAAAAGUAUUUUAUGAUAAAUGUGGAUUGGUGCUUACUGUUUAACUUAUUACCUCAGCUAAUAUGACACAGAUCAGAGACCGUAUACUACAGCUGAACCAAAGAUGCCUGUGUGUAUGCACUGCUUCAGUUAUUUAGAUGUUUUUUUAUUUUUUAUUUUUUAUUGUUUAGGGUGUAUAGCCCACCAUAAAGCCACUAACACUACUUCUCCGCCCACUGAAGAAUGUGUCAUUAGAGGUCUUGGAUUGUUUGUUGAUACUAUUGACAGUAUUAUCCUGCUUUUAUUCCAUUGCUCUUACAAAACCUAUUUUUAUAAUAUGACAGCCCUUCCAAGCUGUUAACUUGUUUUAUGCAUUAAUCAACUACUGCAAAAAUAGUCUGUAACUCUUUAUUUUUCAUAUACCAUAUGUCCACACAAUGCACUGAUUCUCUUUGUAUUUAUACCAGCUGAAUGAACUUGACCCCCUUCCCUAAGAGUUUUACAUGUAUCUUAUCUAACACUACUCAUGCCAAACUCAUUUUGCUUCACAAAUCUACUAAUUAUUGAACUGCCCCAAGCUGCCAACAGGACAGAAUGUAAACAGCCCUGAUCAAAGGUCUGACUGUAGCAAAUCCUUGCUCUGGUCACUGAUCCUGGGAUAGAUUAGGAUAUUUUACACAAUUUAGAAAGUAGGUCAAAUGUUCCACUUAAUCUAGGCUCACUUGUUUAGAAAUAAACAGUUUGAUUAGAACAAAAAAAUACUGACAUUUGUUUUGCUUGUAAUGUAAUUAUUCAUUUUCAUAACAUGAUAAUUCUAUUAGACUGUAAAGAUUAAAUGGUGUUUGUUAUA